ACCGGAAGUUGUGGGGGACGCGCCGGUCUCCAACAUGGCGGCCUCCUGGCCCUCCUGGCUGGCUGCGCCGGGGGCCGUGGCCGCCCAGUUCCUCGGUGUCCUGUGGCUCGUCUCAGGCACUACAGGACCUUGGGGGGCUGCCGCCACAGCCGCGGCCGGAGGCGAGGAGUUGCUUAAGUGCGAGGACCUCAAAGUGGGACAAUAUAUCUGUAAAGAUCCCAAAAUAAAUGAUGCUACGCAAGAGCCAGUUAACUGUACAAACUACACAGCUCACGUUCCAUGUUUUCCAGCACCCAACAUAACUUGUAAGGAUUUCAGUGGCAAUGAAACACAUUUUACUGGAACUGAAAUAGGUUUUCUCAAGCCCAUAUCUUGCCGAAAUGUAAAUGGCUAUUCAUACAAAGUGGCAGUUGCAUUGUCUCUUUUUCUUGGAUGGUUGGGAGCAGAUCGAUUUUACCUUGGAUACCCUGCCUUGGGUUUGUUAAAGUUUUGCACUGUAGGGUUUUGUGGAAUUGGGAGCCUAAUUGAUUUCAUUCUUAUUUCUAUGCAGAUUGUUGGACCUUCAGAUGGAAGUAGUUACAUUAUAGAUUAUUAUGGAACCAGACUUACAAGACUGAGUAUUACUAAUGAAACAUUUAGAAAAACACAGUUAUAUCCAUAAAUAUUUUCAAAAAGAAACAGAUUUGAACUUCAUUGAUUUUAAUAGAGAUCUCCCAGAAUGUGGAUUUCCAGAUUUUCCUUUUUCCUUCUUCACAUACCACUUCAUGAGUUCUAAAUAAUUUUGUUGUGGUGGUUAUUUUUGUUUUAUUGAUUUAGUAAAAAGUAUAUAAUUCUGAGAUUUAUUUAAUAGGACUUUCGUUGAGAGCUGUAAAAUAGUCUUUCUCAGGCUGCUGUCUCUGUGAGAUAGAUAGCUUAUUACUCUGAUAUUCUUUAAUGUCUUUUACAAAGGCAGGUUGCCAUGUGCCAUUUUUGCUUCUGAAAAAUAAAAGUAUAACUUAUUCACA